AGUGCAUAAAAUUACAUUAAGAUUUUUCCGAAUAUCUAUCUAUUAGUAUUGUUAAUAAUUGUUUUAAUUUCUUGGUGAUGUUGUAAAUUUUGUUAUUACUUCUAAAGGUGUUUGUGAUCGAAAAUAUCACGUAGUGUGAUAGGAAUACUGCUAAUUAACAAAAGUCUAAUUAAAUCGCAAUCUUGGCGAAAUAUUACAAAAUGAUGGACGGUGGAGUGGUGCACCCUCAAUCGGGGGGAAUGCAUCCGGGCGUGCCGGGCGUGCUGCACGGCAUGCCGAUGCACGGAGCCGGCCCGGAUGGCGAGCACGUGCCUCACGGACCACGCCGACGAUUUCAGAAUCGGCCCAAGCAGCCCAAUAAUUUGGAACGUCUGCCUUUGGAUGAGGCUGCUAAAAGGGAAAUGGAAGCUCUUCCUAUGAAAACCCCAGUUUCAGUCUUACAAGAAUUAUUAGCUCGCCGUGGAACAGUGCCCAAGUAUGAGCUGGUACAAAUAGAAGGAAUGAUACAUGAGCCUACUUUCCGCUACAGAGUCACUGUUGCUGAUUUAGUUGCUAUGGGAACAGGGAGGUCUAAAAAAGAAGCAAAACAUUCGGCAGCUAAAGCUUUGUUGGACCGUCUCACUGGUGCAGCACCUGCUGAACCUCCAACUAAUGGAAAUGUUCCUGAACCUGGUGCAGUGGUGUCCUUGUUUGAAGAUAAGCUUAUGGGCAAUCCGGUGGGCUGGUUGCAGGAGCUCUGCAUGUCUCGUUUCUGGCCACCCCCUUCAUAUCAUGCUGAAAACGAUGAUAAUGUUAAUAGACGUUUGCCUCAUGAGCGUCAGUUCACUAUCGUUUGCACGCUUUUAAAGCGUCGCGAGGUGGGUACGGGCAAGUCUAAGAAAUUGGCAAAACGUCAAGCCGCUUAUAAGAUGUGGCAGGCCCUGAAGGAUAACCCUCCGGAAUCCUUCCAGAAUGAGGAAGAGGGUGUCGCGUCGCGCUAUGCCGAUUUGAAAGAUAGUAAAAUCUCCACACUCACAACAAGUCACAGCCACAAGGUGUCGCAGUUCCACAAACAUCUUAAGCAAUCUAUCGGCCCCAACCUGGCCAAGUUGCAGGUGACUCCAUUGAAUAACAAGGAUUUCAACUUUGUCCAAUUUCUGCAAGAGAUAGCCUCCGAGCAAGCGUUUGAAGUGACAUAUGUUGAUAUUGAAGAGAAAUCUAUGACAGGCCGUUCUCAAUGCCUCGUGCAGUUGUCUACCUUACCGGUGGCUGUCUGCUAUGGAUCUGGUUUGACUAGCAAGGACGCUCAGUCCUCGGCUGCCCAGAACGCUUUGGAGUAUCUAAAGAUUAUGACUAAGAAGUGAGAUUUCUCGAACGUGCGACAUCCGUUUCACAUUUAUAAGUGGCAACCAGUGAUCCUCUGAGUGAAUUUAUUUUCGAACUCGAUAGCAAUUAUAUGCUCCCAGUUAAAUUUUUAAAUAUAUAGAUAGGCCUCUCUGUUUUAAUUUUAAAACUCC